AUGUUUUCUGCCACACUACCAGUGCGGUCGACGCUACGCUCCCUUGGCGCUGUGCGACCAAUCCAAGUGCGAUGGAACUCCAGCGCAGUUCCGCCUUUGAUGGCUACGCUGCGCACCGAUCUGAAGACCGCAAUGAGAGCCAAGGACACGGCUCGCCUUAAUGUCCUUCGCGCAUUGAUCUCUGAAACAAAUAACGCUGCCAAAACUGCAUCCCCCAUCCAGACCGACAUUCAACUUCUGUCACUUAUCCGGAAACGCGCUGCAGCUGCGCAAGAUGCUGCUGACCAAUUCGCUGCGGCAGAGCGACCAGACCUGAAGCAGAAGGAGGAUGAGCAAAUCGCAAUCCUGGAAGAGUACGCGAGUCAAGUCAAGACCCUGUCAGCGGAGGAAGUGGAAGCUAUCAUCAAGCAGCAGGUUGCAGCAAUCAAAGAGGCAGGCACCAAAUUAGAUGCAGGCCAAGUCCUCAAAGCGCUUUUCGCUCCUGGUGGGGCUUUAGAUGGCAAGCCCGCGGAUCGCAAAGAGGUUGCUGGUCUGGUUAAGAAAGCGAUUGUUUAA